GCCCUCUUCCCUCAAACCCUACCAUACCAAAAUUCUUUCAGCUCCAAUUUCUCUUCCUCUCUUGGUCUCCAGCGGUGAAUAAUCUUCCUGUUCAUCAAUUUCCCUCUACGCUACACCCACUUCUUCCCUUCCAUUCUAACGGGAACCUGAUCCCUCUAUCUUCGUUCCCCCUCGUUGCCCCACCUGGUCGCCGGGUGUUAUCUCGCACCACUGCAGAUUCGGCCAGCUUGAAGCAAAAGGAAAAAGCUCAAGUUUGAUUGUAUUUAUUUUAAUUCUAGUGAGGUUAUUGCAUAUAUGGCUACCCUUGUAUCUAGAAGUUCAAAUCAUCUUCGAAACAUCCGUCAAUAUCUCCAAUUCCGCGCAUUGAGCCACUGCAGAUCCUUGGUUCCUGCAUCUUCUACAGUUGGCACCCUUCAUCAUCAAGCUAUUCUUCCUAUUCAAUCAGUUAUACCAGUUGAUGGUGGGAUCCAACAUUGGGUUAUUAAUCGACGAUGUUUAUUUAGCACUACUACCAGUAGCUCUACUGGUAAUACUGAAAAUGCAGAAUCGAAAAGUUCUGGUGGAGGCGAUCACUCUGGGGGUUCACAUCAAAGUAGCAGUGACACGGGGAAGCCUGUCCGGGGAGGGCCUGUUUCGUGGAUGAGUUUUCUGUUGCUGGUCGCCACUGGAGCUGGACUUAUCUACUACUAUGAUAAAGAAAAGAAACGCCAUAUUGAAGAUAUAAGUAAUGCUUCAAAGGUAGUUAAAGAGGGACCAUCUGCAGGAAGAGCAGCGAUUGGCGGCCCAUUCAAUCUCAUAAACCAUGAAGGAAAACGUGUAGCAGAGAAAGACUUUUUGGGAAAAUGGAGUAUAAUAUAUUUUGGCUUCACUCACUGUCCUGAUAUUUGUCCAGAUGAGUUACAAAAGCUAACUGCUGCAGUUGAUAAAAUAAAGGACAAGGCUGGAAUUGAAAUUGUGCCUGUGUUCAUCUCUGUGGAUCCUGAGAGAGAUACUGUUGAGCAAGUGAGCGAAUAUGUAAAGGAAUUUCAUCCAAAACUAAUCGGAUUAACCGGAAGCCCUGACGAAAUCAAGUCAGUUGCUCGUGCUUACCGAGUUUAUUAUAUGAAGACAGCCGAGGAAGAUUCGGAUUAUCUUGUUGAUCACUCCAUAGUCAUGUAUUUGAUGAGCCCUAAGAUGGAAUUCAUCAAGUUCUUUGGGAAAAAUAAUGAUGUUGAUUCACUUACUGAUGGAGUAAUCAAAGAGAUAAAGCAGCACAAGAAAUAAAAGUAAACCCAUUCGUUAUCCGCAAGUGCCUUAGGUUAGUGCAAGAAGAAUUAUGAGAUCAAAAUUUAAAGCUUAUUGUUUGACAUGCUGUUGGCAAAAUACAACCAGAAUUUUGUUUUUUCCUGAGCAGCAAUAGAUGGAAAGUUUACAUAUUGAUGAAA